GGCUCAGCGACGUUAAACUAGCAGUCCAAGGUCACACAGUGGGUGUAGAAGCCAGAAUACCGGCGGGGAUCCUCCACCUUUCGCCUCCAGGUGCUUCUUUGGGACACGCGGCCCUUCGAGCUUGGACUGGAACCAAAUUUCCCCGCCCUCGAAGAAUCUGCAUCCAGGCGAAGAUCGCGGGCGCGAGCGGGGUCACCGGGUACCCACUCUCUGGAACCCAGGACGCUGAGUCAGCGUAACCCGAGCAGCCUAGUGCGCGAAGCCCCCGCCCCCUGACUUGCGCCCCGCCCCGGGAGAGGGCCAGCCCCGCGGUCGAGCGCAGCCGGAGUGCGACAGCUAGGCCAGGCAACAGCGCGGCUGCCCAGGGCGCAGCAUGACGGCCAUCGGCGCGCAGACCCAGAGGCUGUUGGGCCCUAAGAGGCCCCACCGGUCCUUCUUCGAGUCCUUCAUCCGGACACUCAUCAUCGUGUGCGCUGCCCUGGCUGUGGUACUCUCCUCGGUCUCCAUCUGCGAUGGUCACUGGCUCCUGGUAGAGGACCGUCUCUUUGGGCUGUGGUACUUCUGCACCAUCGGCAACCACAGUGAACCACACUGCCUGAGAGACCUGAGCCAGGCUCACGUGCCCGGGCUGGCUGUGGGCAUGGGCCUAGCACGCAGCGUGGCUGCCAUGGCCGUGGUGGCUGCCAUCUUUGGCUUGGAGCUGCUCAUAGUGUCCCAGGUGUGUGAGGAUGUCCGCUCACGGCGCAAGUGGGCCAUUGGUUCUUACCUCCUCCUGGUUGCCUUCAUCCUCUCCUCUGUGGGCCUCCUCACCUUCAUGAUCCUCCUCAAGCAUCAGGUCACCCUCAUGGGCUUCACCCUGAUGUACUGGUGUGAGUUCACUGCCUCCUUCCUCUUCUUCCUCAAUGCCACCAGCGGCCUUCACAUCAACAGCCUCACUCAGCCCUGGGACCAGCUAAGAAAAGUCUAAGGCUCCUCCUGGGGGCCCUGGCUUCUCUAAGGAAGUGUGGUCAUGACGGGACUUCUCUGACAUGGGACCUCUGGCUGGGAGUGAGUGGGACAAUGACCUUGAAGCUGCCUCUUAGACACUAAGCUCUAGAAAUGGCCCUUGGGGAUCUCUCUUCAACUGCCCUCCAGGCCAGAGGCCAGAGGAGCACCUCAGAACCACAGCACAGCAAGCUGUAGAGGUUAGCCAAGCUAUUAAGAUGUCAAUUCUAAAAUAAGAAUAUUCUAAAACUUC